AUGGAGGUGUACGAAUUUAAGAAAACUUUUCUCACUCGGAUGCUGGAGACGGAAAACGUGCUCAACGGUGGUGGUUGCGACAUACCUGCCUCAGCGAUCCGCUCGGAAUGGAUAAACUUUGUCGAAGUCGUGAUCGAAUCAACGGGCUGGCAAGCGCUCUGGCAAGCUUCCCGAGCGGUGUGCGAGAGAUUAUCGGUCAAAUUCCCGCUCGUUGUACUCGGGACCGUCGAUCAGGUGCUAUUCGAUGAGCUAAAGGCCAGCUUCAUUGUCGAAGCGAUUCAGGAUGACGACGUGCAUUUGCCGGAGAAGUUAGUUGUGAAUCUGGAAGAGCUGUACCCGCUGCGCGAACAAAACAACCCCGCACUCAAUGUGGACACGACGGCCGACUGCAUCGACAAGCUGCGGUUCUUCUACCAACAUUUGUGGAUGCCGUGGGACGGCGUUGCUGAGGAUGACAGCAACUGGCUCAAGAAAAACCUUGAGACGAGAAUUCGUUUCUGUCAUGAUCUGAAAAACAAAACCAUGUCCUGGAGACUGUCGUCGCACGCUAUCGCCCUGCUCGCCGAUGCCCGCUACAUCGAAAAGAAGCUAAAGCUGUGCGAAGAAGCGGAACUGGAAGCGGAUGAUGACGAGGAGGACGAUAAUGAAACGUCGCUACUGAAGAACGAACGGUCUUGUGAGUUGUUGAAGCUGAACCUGCGCCUAAACAACAUCCGGAAUGAGAUCGAGAUCCUACAGAACCCCGUCAUGCGGGCCGUCUAUGAGAAGGUGCGCUUUUCGUGCGGAACGGGACAAUCACCGAAAGCGUACGUCGUGACGCAGGUGGGAACGAUCGACCAACAACUGGCGUAUCUGGAGCAAACGAAGGCCAUGAUCGAUCCGAAGGUAGAGGUGAAGAUGUGCGAUUCACUGCAACACGCACUCGAUCAUUGCCCGCCAAACAGUGAUGUUUACUUGCCGCCCGGAUCGCAGCAGGACAUACGAUUUUUGCAAUAUCUUAACAGCGGUGGCUCCAUCCGGGGCGUAGGAACAGCAUCGUUUAUCAACGACAGCGAGCAGGCCUUGAAGACGAAUGCCGUGGUGGUAUCGAAGGACGGCGACAGCGUGCUGUUGACGAUCGACGGAGACUUUACGCUGGAGAACAUUCAUUUCGAUUGUCUCAAUGUCCGCACCGGAGUGAUGGUGAAGAAAGGAAACGUUGUAUUUCGCAACUGCAGUUUUGCGGGCGAUCCUCCUACUUCGAGCACCAAACAGGGAAUUCUUAUAUUCGGCAGCUGCAGCAUAACGUUGGAAAAUUGCAUCAUUAAGAAUUUCUCCACCGGAAUCUACAGUAACCACGAUUGCUCGAUUAGCUUGGUUAACUCUAUCAUUCAGAACUGCGGUACCGGCGUGGAGAUCCUUGAUCAAACCAAGGUUCUGUUUAAAUCUGCGACGGUUUGCGACAGCCGCCAGUAUGGCGUGCUGUUGGAGGAUUUCAACGAGGAUGAAGAAGCUGGGGAAACACUCAAAAGUAAAAUAUCACGAGUAUCUAAUUCGUCGCAGAUCUACGAAGACUACAACACCGUCGGCCGGGAGGAGUUUAGCUUCGAGGGUCACUGCGAAUUUCGCGGUAAUGCGAAGGGAAAUUUUGCCAUCCGCAAGGGCUGCAGCAGUCUUUUCAACAGUUCGUGCUUCAUCGAAGACGACGAGGAGUCGGGCGAUGAGUAUGGUGCGGAAGAUACGUUCCGACACGAGCUUACCGCUUGCCACAGCACAAACACGAUGGAACCGAUGGAAGAUUAGAAGAAGAGGGAACACUACGCAGCCGUGGCUGAUAUUUCAGACGUACGCAGCCUUUUCCCCCGUUGGACGGACGGCUGUCAUAUGAAAACAUAAACACAAAACCUGCGUCGCUCAGCAUUCCAAGUCCUUCUUCGCAGAAAGCUACACCAGAAGAAAAUAAGUUAAUAAAUAUAUGU